AUGAUGAACCACCUUGAAGCAGCUCUUGUUCGCGACACAUCAACCUGGAUGAAGCCAACAGGAGUACCUCCCCACGUAGAGCUCUACAAGCAGCUACGGCAAGUGCAGACAUCAAUUGAUAACCUGCCUCCAGUUCUACUUGAAGGCAUGUCCAAUUUAAUAGAGGAGAAGGGUGUAGCUGCCGGCAAUAUCACGAACCAGGUACUGGAAGCUACAAUUGAAUCCUUACUGUUACGGGCAGGCCUUGCGCAAGGAGCAAUGAGUCAUGCACCACAACCAGUGCAGCAUUCAGAUGGUGAUCAAGUGUAUUAUUACAGUGGGAAAUUUCACUUACUGCCAGAGGAAUUUGAGUUCCCCCGUACGGGUCCUUGCGGGGCAUGGCAAUUAUGGUGGUUUGGGGACAAAUCACGAGGAUGGCCUCCUUUGAAAAAAAUCCAUCCACACGACUUGCCAAAGCGCAGCAUGCGCAAGACGUUCUCAGAUUGGGUCAUGAUGAUAAAACAUCUAACGGAGGCGGCCACAGCAGCUGGACUAGCAAUUUCUACACAGCCAACAGAGAAAGAAGCAUCCGAGAUAUUUAGUGUUGCUAUCGAAAAGCUCCAAUUACCUCCAGCAAAACACAAACGCCGCCUAGCAGAUCUAUCACUUCCCACCGUACUGCGCUUAGUCCGUGAAGCUCAGAGUGCUGACAAACGCCAAAGAGGUUCCGAUAACCCAUAG